CUGUUCGUUAUGCCAGACGCGUAAAAUACCAAACCUCAGCUUCCACUUGCAACCUGAAGCAAUUUCAUCUCAGGCUUCAAUUGGCACAACAACCACAAACGAGCUGCUUGAUUAAGUUGGCCAAGCUUGCGUAGUACUAACCGUCCUCGACAAGACUGAUCUAGCUACCGCAAGUUGUCGCCGAACUUCGCAACGCAAAACAACCAGCCGGACAACGAGCCAUGGGCCCCAAGCGAGACCAUGAUGCCCUCACGCACUCCGACAACGAGGAGCCAGCACCGCAACCCGUAGCCAAGCGGCGGAAAGAGCAUUCGUCUGCCAAAUCCAAAACAACGGAGCCAAAGACCGACUCUACAUAUGGCCAACGCGCCGCCUUCCCUGGCCUCGAUGAGCCUGCUGCGCUCAGCGACGAGGACCUGGAAUUCGAGGACCAAGGCGAUGCCCUCGCCUAUCUCCGUUCUGUUCGACAAGAAGCGAAUGGUAUACCUCACCUCCUCGUAGCUCCCAAAGCCGGGCCGCAACUUCCGCCCUACCUCUCGAAUAGUGAUUCGAACAACAACGUAGACCGAAGCAUCUACCACGACGGCCUCGGCGAUUCCCGCGGCUACUACCAAGACGGCGCCUACACGGCCGCACCCGACAACCUCCUCCAGUCCGUCCCCGAAGACGAUGACAACGCCGACGAUUACUACGGCCAUGGCCACGGCUACGGCGGCGCCAACUAUGACGACGACAGCGACAGCGACUGGUCAACCAGCACAUCCCGCGCCCACGCCCUCUUAGCCACCAACCGCCACCUGGCGCGGGAAGCCUACUUCGCCUCUCUCAUGACCCAAUUCUCCGCGCUCCGGGCCAUGCUACACCAAACCCCGCCCCCCUCCCUCCUCUCCUCCUUGGACAAAGAGCACGGCUACCAAGUCGGCUCCUUCGGCCCCAAGUCCUGGACCUUUCGAGUCUGGACGAGACGCAUCCGCUACACGGACCCGAUCCCCGCGCAGGUGGCCGCCAUGGACCGCUUCGGCGCGCUGAAGCUUUUGCGCGUGAUCCUGGGCGGGAAAUUUAUCCGUCGGGGUUGCGAGCUGCGCGAGCGCACGAGUCGGUGGAUCUGGGCGCUGCUGGCGCGGUUGCCGGAUAGGGGGGAGAUGGAUCAUACGGAUAUCGGGUGGGUGAGAGAGCUGGGGAAGAGGGCGGUGUUGAUGAUGGUGAGCAUUGCGCAGAUGGCGGCGUUGAAGGAGGAAGUGGAGGGGGAUCUGGAGGGGCAGGAUCUGCUGGUUGGAGAUGAUGAUGGUGAAGAGGAGGAGGAGGAGGAGGUUUUGGUUGAGUUGGAGCCGGAUACGAGUAAUGAGGGUGUUGGUCGCGUGGAGGAGGAGGAGGAGGAGGAGGAGGUCAGCAAUGAGACGGAGGGUCAAGCGGCUGAGAAGGACGGGGUUGAACCGGCUACCGCCGAGGACUCUUUGGCAGCUGCGAACCUUGUUACUGAGGAUCAGGGCAACUCGAGCAAGGUUGAGCAACAACGCCAGGAGCAAGAAGAGACGGGGGAGGGAGAGAUUGACAUGGACAUCGAUGAUGGAGAAGUGCUCGAUGAAGAGGGAGGCCCCGACCCUCCUGCUUCCUCAUCAAAGGAUGAUGCCAAGGCUGACAUCGCGGCUGCAAAGGCACGAUUGCUUGCUCAGCUUGAUGAAGAUACUGCUGCUGCUGACGCUGAAGCUCAGCAACGGGAAGAUGAGUUGACGAGACAACGCCUGAACAUGAGAGCGACGCUGAAUAUGAUUCUGACUGUCGCCGGUGAGUUUUACGGUCAGAGAGAUCUACUCGAGUUCAGGGACCCCUUUCCCGCUCUUUAGAGGUAGGAGGUCUUUUUACGGGUUCAUUUUCAAUCCCAGAGUCGGUUGGUUUUAGUCUGUCUUCAACUCUUGAGAUGGACGAAAAUCGAUAAGAGACAGUAUGCGUUUUACGUCGGGCAUUCCGUGAUGAGGGACUCAAAUGCGGUUAUGUUGAGCCACGUAUAAUAGGCGUGGAUCGAACAUUCU